AUGCAGUUGCAGCUCGAAGAUUUCAUGUACUAUCCGGACUUUGCCUGUCAAGUGGCCGGAAUGCAGAGAUACAGUUGGAUGGGUGUCCAAGGAGUGGAACGUCAAUGUGAAUUGUCAGUGGUGCAACGUGUUUGGUUCAUUUUCGGUGCUUUGAAUUUGGUCUAUCAGAAUGUGGGGCUGAUUAUCUAUAUGUGGCUCCCAGAUGAGAAAACUCAGGAUAUUGUCAUGUAUGUGGCCCAGUUGGCCGAGACAGGUAGUGUCCUGGGUCUCACAUUGGUGGCAUUUUGCAAUAUGUGGAUGUUGUUGUAUAAUCGUCAUCAAAUCGAAACAAUGCUGUCCGAAUUGCAGAAAUUGAUUAUUGAACGAAAUUUAAUUUCCAAACGCAUUCAACACUUUUAUCAACAGUCGUCAAAUCGGAUGCGUUAUACGAAAAUAUUUUUUUUGUGUGCCUGGUUCUACUACAAUAGUCUGCCCAUCAUUGAGCUUAUCUAUGAACUAUCAUCGGAGAAGCGGCAAGUAAAAUUCAAAUCUCAGAGUAAUACCUGGUAUCCAUGGUAUAUGAAGUCAAACACGUAUAUAAGUUUCAUUGCCUCGUUUAUCAAUCAGGUGAUAUCGUCUUGGAUUGGCGUUGGUUUCAUUAUGGCCAGUCAAUUUCUUUUGUGCUUUUUCGCCACUCAAUUGCAAUUGCAUUUUGAUGCUUUGGCCAAGAAAAUGCUUAGCUUAGAUGCCCGUAAUCCAAACGCUCAUGUUGAACUAAAAUCCUUAAUUGCCUAUCACAGUCACUUGUUGCGUAUAGCAGCUAAUGUGAAUAGUGUUUUCAAUUUCACAUUUAUGAUUAAUUUCAUCACAUCAACGAUUGCCAUUUGUUUAAUGGGCUUUGCCAUGAUUAUGAUUGAUUUAGCCGCAGGCUUUAAAUACUCUGUCGGUCUGUGUGCAUUUCUCGUAUUCACUUUGUUCAUCUGUUUUAAUGGCACACAAUUCACCAUAUCGAGUGAGAAAUUGCUACCGGCUGCCUUCUAUAAUAAUUGGUAUGAAGGCGAUUUAAAAUAUCGCAAAAUGCUUUUGUUCUUCAUGAUGAGAUCGUGCGAUGACCAAGUCUGGCGUUCAUACAAUUUCAUUCCUAUCUCUAUGGCCACCUUUAUGUCGAUUUUGAAGUUUUCAUAUCAGCUUUUCACAUUCGUACGCACGAUGAUAUAA